AUGAAGCUGGCCGGUCAGGAUCUCCCUGCUUCGCUUCCGCCACAGAUGGUUCCACCACCUGACUUGGAUAGCAACAUCACACGAAGGCCUCAGCGCAUUGGGACAGAUGGCGGUGACGAGACGGUGGUGGUUCUGUUCUACUGCUACCAAGGCCUCGGUGCAGAGGGUGCUGCAGAAUUGGCCGUAGAGACGGGGCCACAGAGUGGCAGCAAGCCCUUCGAUGCCUGGUGUUUGUCAGAAACCUAUGUGCUCGACAGCAGCUUCGACCCAGCUGCUUUCGUGGCAGAUGUCAAGGAAGCGAAGGCAGCAGUGGGAGAUGCCACAGAAGAAGAUGCGCGACACUUGCAAGGUUUGGUGCUGACCUCGCAGGUUCUGCUCUAUGGUGGUCAUGCGAUGCUGCUUGUGGGUGCAGCUCUUCCACACUUCUCCUGGCUUGUUCUGGCUCUAGGUGCACUGAUGAUUUCCUUCGCCCGCUGCAUGAAGUGGACCAUCAUCGGUCAUCAUGUUUCGCAUGGAGGUUUCGACAAGCUUCAGAAGACGCAUCCCAACGCCUUGCCAUCGCACUACAAGCGUGGUGUUUUUGCGAUUGGUAUCCGCCGCUUUAUCGACUGGAUGGACUGGAUGAUGCCACAGGAUGUGGAGCACAACAAGGCUCAUCACUACUACCUGUCGGAGGAGAAGGAUCCAGACCUUGUCGAGCACAAUUUCGAGAUUCUCCGCAACAUGCCGCUUCCAUCGGCCCUGAAGUACGUUUCGAUGAUCAUGUGGGUCUUCACCUGGAAGUUCACUUACUACUCUCCCAACACAUUCAAGGAGCUGAUGAACUCGAAGCGAGAAAGCUGGCUGGCACAAAACUGGCCAGCUGAUGACAAGAAGACUGAUCCGGUUGUUGUCUUCGACUGGGUCAAGCGACCACUUCAGGCACUGGCAUUCGGAAACGUCAAGAAAGCAGUCUUCUGGAUGGUCUUCUUUUUUCAGUGGUUUGGCGUGAUUCUGCCAAUGCUGGCCACAGUGGCACUUCCAGCACUGUGGCCGCUACUUCUUGUGCAAGCCGGACUCUGGCCUAGCUCUAUCACCCCGGACCAGGCCGCUCUGCGGGUGUUGAUGACAUCCGUGAUGGCCGACCUAUUUUCCAACGCGCAUUCCUUUGUCAUAAUUGCCUGCAACCACUCCGGUGGCGACCUGUAUCGCUACUCCACAUCUUGCAAGGCUUACUCUGCAGAGUUUCUCUUGCGUUGCACCUACUCCUCCGCCAACUUUGAGACUGGCAAUGACUUGAUUGAUACGGUCUACGGCUGGCUCAACUAUCAGGUGGAACAUCACAUGUUCCCAGAUAUGACUCCGCUCCAGUACCGGAAGCUCCAGCCACUUGUGAAAAGCAUCUGCAAGAAACACAAUGUCCAAUAUGUGCAAAUGAACGCACUGCGACGCACGUGGAUGAUGUUUCAAGUGGCUGUCGGAGAUGCAGAGAUGAAACGAUGCACAGCCUUGGUCCCUCCUCAAGCCUACAAGGACUCUGUGGGGACUCCAGUCCACCGUCAUGGGCGGCUGAUGUCAACGGCCAGCUGCGCAUUAGCGUGCUGUGAUAGCUUAACUCCCCCCUGGCAAGCAAGGGGCGGCUGGUCUCCCGCCCUGGGCCCUGCCGGCCUGAACUUCAGAAGUCCAGAGACGAAGUCCGAGGGCCGGCAGGGCAUCAAUGGCACAGUCCAGGGGGCCUCAGCUGCAGUGACAGCCUACGAGGUUGCUGUUCAACGCUUCUUCAACACCCGGAUCGACUGGAAGAGGAGUGCUGCGUCUCAGCAAAGUCUUUUCCCGGACUUUGUCGUCAAACAGGUGUCAGAGCUCGUUGGCUUCGGAGUUCAAGACUCUAAGCCCUUGGAUGUUCAUGCCGAGGGCGGGACGCACCUGUCACCCGAAGAGUUCCAUUCGCGACUCCUUCAAAAUUCGGAGGAAUUGCGGAUCAUUGAUGUGCGAAACACGUUCGAGUACGAUGUGGGCCAUUUUGAUGGGGCCAUCGAUCCGGGGAUGACGCACACAGCUCAAUGGCCCCGAUACGUCAAGGACAACAUUCAGGCAUCGGCCUACCUGCGACGCCGGCUCAGCGACCUGGGUGACAGUUCCACCCCUGUGUUUCAACUCGAAGGUGGCAUCCACCGUUACCUGGAGGCGUUUCCAGAUGGUGGCCACUUUCAAGGAGCGAACUUUGUCUUCGACAAGAGAGCGCAGAUGCGCUCGGCGAGCACUUCCGUGGUUGGGCGCUGCUCAGAGUGCUCUUCUGCCUGGGAUAUCCAUCAUGGUGGCAGGGUUUGUGCCGUUUGCCGCGCAUUGGUCCUGGUCUGCGAUGCUUGCGAUGCGACCAGUAGUGGCGAGUAUUGGUGCCCGGAGCACUCCGAGAUGAAAGGCCUCGCAGAUCAUUUCUGCAUGAGAGAGUAUCGACAGGGAGAAAUUCCGCCACCGCCACCUGCAAAG